UGCCUCUAGACUACUUUGGCCCAGCUCAGCUACGUAACUCUACUGCACACUCUGGCCUGAGCAUCUCCUCUGUUCGCGGCCUAUCUAUACUGCACACUUGUCUAUGGUAAGAUUGUGGGUCCUCCGGCUGUAGCAGGUCUCUGGGCUCUUACGGUAAAGUCUGUCGUCAUGCCUUUCCUCCAUGGCUUUCGGAGGAUUAUAUUUGAAUACCAGCCUCUCGUAGACAAGAUCCUGGAAGCUAUAGGCAUACAGGAGGACACUGAGCAGGCAGAAGAAUCGCAUACCAGUAACAGCUACCUGCUAAAUAACGGUGAAAAGUUCCAGACCUUGAAUGAACUACUGGAGAGACAUUUGUGGUCUGCAUUUUACAAGGAAGGUGUAAGCUACGCCCUGCUGAAGGUGGCUGAAUUGGGAUAUGUGCCCGCAGCUGCGCUCCUUCUGCAACACGGUGCCGAUCUGAGCUUUGAGGACCCUGUAACAUAUUACACAGCUCUACAUAUUGCUGUCCUCCGAAACCAGCCAGAUAUGGUGGAGCUGCUCGUUCACAGUGGAGCUGAUAUUAACAAGAGAGACCGAAUUCAUGAGAGCAGCCCCUUGGAUCUGGCCAGUGAGGAACCAGAGCGGGUGCCGUGUUUGCAGCGUCUGCUGGAGCUUGGAGCAGAUGUAAAUGCAGCUGACAAAAACGGGAAGACCGCGUUGUUGCAUGCGCUAGCCAGCAGUGACGGCGUGCAAAUCCAUAACACAGAAAACAUCCGUCUCCUGCUGGAGGGAGGUGCUGACGUGAAGGCCACUACAAAGGACUAUGACACUGUAUUCUCGUGUAUUAUAUUCCUGCUAGGGGAGACAGUGGGAUCUGAUGAAGAGGAAGCAAAACUUAUCAACAGCUUCUGCUUUCGAGUCAGCCAGCUCCUGAUUGUUCAUGGCGCAGACCCCAGCGAGUGCCCAUCUCACGAGUCCCUCACGCACACGUGUCUCAAGAGCUUCAAGGUGCACUUUCCGCUCCUCUGCUUCUUGUUGGAAUCUGGUGCGUGUUAUAACUGCUCGCAGCACGGACCUUCAUGUUGGUCUGGGUUCCACAUUGUCUUUGACAGAUUAUGCAGUUACCUUGGCAACUGUGAUGACUGUGAUUCCGUGGACCUGCUACAGAAAGCAGAAUGUGCUUUGGAACUUAUGAUCGCCAGCUCUCCUCAAAUUAAACUUCCCAGAAACUUAGAAAUAAAUACUACGAUGUGCAGUGUGCACGCGAACAAGGUGACGGCUCUCUACCAGUCUCUUAAACAGCUAGAACAAUCCCCCCCUACGCUGAAGCACCUGUGUAGAGUCUUCAUCCGCCAACAGCUCAGACCUUGGCCCGUGGAUGUGAAAGUUAAAGCUUUGCCGCUCCCAGACAGGCUGAAGUGGUAUUUACUGAUUAAUGACUCGGCUCCCAGAGCCACUGAGGAGGGUUCAUAAUCCGUUUCAUUUCAGAACUGUAUAUGACGGUCCCAGCUUAUUAAAUGUGCUGUGUGAUGUAAA